AUGGCGGUCCUCGAAAUCACCCAACUGCGUCUCAGGAAGGUGGCGGCAGACGAUCCAGCACUGAUACAAAGCCUGUCAUCCGUCCGAGAAAAGCUGCGUACAAAUUCACAGUUCUACAAUUGCGUCAAGGACCCCGCUUUGAUCUACAUUCUAGGCAUAUGGCCAAAUUUGGAUGCGCACCAAAAAUUCCUGGAUUCUCCAGCUCGAGACGAGGUUCUUGGCCCCCAAGAAGACAUGCUUCAAUUCUGUUGGACUAUGCACGUGGAAUUAGAUGGCAUGCACACACUUCCUCUAGAGGCCCCGAUACUGGCAAUAGAAAGGCUUAUUUUUAAGAAAGAAUGCAUGGAGUCUGUCGAGAAGGUCGUCGCCAGAUAUACGCAACAGCUUCAAAGAAUGAAUUCGUUCAAAACGGUAUACGGCUGGCGAUGUGAUGCCGCACAAGAAACGCACGAAGCCCUCGUGUUCACUGGACAUGGGAAUGCACAAAUUCACAGCACCUUCGCAGCAAAGGGAAUUGAUGACAACAAUACCGCCAUGUUGAACGAACAAUUCGAAACUGUGCAAAUCAUACUUGGUAGAAAUUUGGAGCGGAAAGAUAUUGGAAUUUAA